UUAAAUAAUGAGAAGACCUUAAUCAGCAGUGAUAAAUUUUUAAUCAGAGCCUUCAGAUUCACGUUUCUCUUUUUCUUACUUCUAAGUGCUUCCAAAAGCAAAUAAACUUCCAUAGACACCAUAAAAGUUCUAAAUCGAAUGGGAAACACUUUACAUAAACAAUAUGCAUUUGAAAUAGGAAAAUAAUGAAUUAAAAUUAGAGAAUCUUAAACUAAAAACACUUGUACAAUAAUUAUAAGUUUAUUUAUGAUUAUAACUAUGAUAAUAGGCUCGGAUCUUAAAAAUUGAAAGAGUAGAUCGAUAUUAAUUAUAAGUUGAUCCAUUAGGAAUGUCUACUAGUAAUAAUGAAGGAUGUAUUGUUCCUUUGCUUAAAGCAAAAAUUAAAGAAUAAGCAUAAAUAAUUGAAGAAUUGACUAUUGAUUUACGUAAUCAAUAUAAAUCAGUUAAAUCAACAUCAAUUCUUGAAUUGUAAAAAUAGAUCAAGAAUCAAUAAGAUGAAAUCAUUAAAAUGAAGUAGUUGCAAUAAAUUGCUCUCAAAAUCACAGAUUAAGAGUAAUCAAUUACUAAAAUUUUAUUCAAAGCUAGUUCAAUGAUCCUGACAUUGGUGAGCGUAUCUAAAAUUACAUUAUUACCAUUGAUGCACAAUAAAUUCACAUUGACAAAUAGUUUGCAUAGUAUAAGAAAUUGAAUUCAGAGUAUAAACAAUUAUUAGAAAAUAUCAAUAAACUUUAAGAUGAAAACAAAUAAAUUAGUAUAGAAAGAACAUAACUUAAAAAAAAAAUAGAUGAUUAACUAAUUACAGAAACUGAAUAAUAUUAAUAAAAAAAAAGAGAAUUUCUUGAAAAAAAAUUAUAGUAAAUUUUAAAUAUAUUUAAUAGAAGUGUUCUUAAAUAAGUUGAUGUAUUAAAAGGAGAAUUAUCCUUAUAUGAAACUAAAUACAAAUAAUCAACAAAGAUUUAAUAAGAUCAAGAGAGAGAAUUUAAAUAAACAAUUAUGAAUGUUUAAAAGGUUAAAAUACAUUUAGAAGAACUACUAUAAAAGAAAGAAUCAUUAAUGUAUCAUUAAUAAUUAUGCAGUUAGUUAGGAUUUAUAAGAUAGAGUUGCAAUUUAGGAUUUAUUAAAAUAAAAAUCAGCAAAUGAAGAACCUGUUGUGAAAUAAAUCCAACCUCCAAAAACAUAUCGUGAUUAAAAUAUUCAAUUUCCUGAAACAUCAAUUAAAUAACAUAAACCAACUGAUAUUAUCAAUUCAAAUCCAAUUGAUUAAGAACGUUUGAGGUAAUUGUUAGAAGAUCUUAAAUAUAAAGUAAUUUCACUUUGUUUGACUCGUUAAAGAUUGCUCUAUAUAUUUAAACAAAUUGAAUUUAUGCAAUUAAAAGAUUCCAUACAAUAUUUUAUGAGAUCUCCUUUCAAUUAUUAAGAAUAAGAUGCACUUAUUUUGAGUCGCCAUUUCUUUGGUGAAGAUAAAGGUUUGGGAUAUAAAAUAUAAUGGGAAGAUACACAAAAUAUUAGUGAUUUAAUUUAAUUGAUUAUACCAAAAAAAGAAGAUACUUAAUUCAAUUUCAAAACUAUUAUCAAUAGACAUAAUAUUAUUAAACAAUUGAAUUAAUAAAUGAAAAACUCAAAAUUAAUUGAUAUUAAAUAUAAUGUUGAUGAUUUUAUGAUUCAUAUCAAAAGAAAUACCAAUCUUAAUGAUGAGUAAAUUACAUUUCUUCGUCUUAUUAAUCAAAUAUAUUUAGGAGAUGUUGAUAAUAUUGAUUAAGGAUUUUUACGUCUCUAUUUAAAAGAAGAAUGUGAAAUGCUAUCUUAACUUUAUAAUUUAUAAAAAAUUGAUUUUGUUAUUUAUAGAUACAUACCAAAAUUGCAAAUAAAGUAGGAUGACUUUGAAUAUGAAGAGUUCAAUUAAAAAUAAUAAUAAAAAUAACAAUAAUAAGAAAAAUAAUAAUAAUAAUAAAAAUAAUAAUAACAAUAAUAACCUUCAGAACGUAAAGUUGAAGAGCUAUCCUUAGAUUUUUCAGGUAGUUUAUUUUAUAUAAUGAUAGUAUACAGAAUGAGUGAUUCUUACUUAAAAACUUCUGAAAGUAGAAAGCAAACUUCAGCUAGAGAUAAUCUAACUUAUAGUUAAUCAUAAGUUGAGAUUAUUCCUUUAACAAGAAAACCAAGUGAUCAUCAAAAUAGACAUGUUCUUAACAGUUUUAAGGAAUAAUAAGUUUAAGAGAUUAGCGAGGAGUAAGAAUUCAUUGAAUCUUAAAAAACAUCCAACUAAUUCAUAUAGCCACCCUAACUAUUGAAAAAUAAAGAAACACUUCAAAUUACUGAAGAAGUUUCUUCUGAGAUUUAUUAUGAAGAAUUAUGA